AACACUGGCUCGAAAGAACACCGGCAUCGGGUCAGAAGCCGAAGAUCCGCUCACAGGAAGGAACAGCAUCAGGACCCCACACUCAGGAUUUUCUUUGUGGCAGCUUUCACUCCUGUACCAUCAUGCCUGUCAUCAGAAUCCUCAGCAAGGUGGCCAGGCAGGCCCUCAGCCCCCCGGGGUGCGGCUGCCAGCCCCUGACUGUGGCUGUGCGCAACAUCAGCUUCUCCCCUCGGCAGGUGACGUCCGACGCCAGCUUCCACUCUGUGUCCUUCUCAGAAACAGACCACCCCAAGGUGCUCAUUACAGGUGGUCUCGGUCAGCUCGGGGUGGGACUCGCCAAAUUGUUGAGGAAGAGGUUCGGAAAGAACAACGUCAUCCUGUCUGACAUCAGAAAACCUCCGAGCAGCGUUUUCCACAGCGGCCCCUUCAUCUACUCCGACAUCCUGGACUACAAGAACCUGAGGGAAAUCGUGGUGAACAAUCGCAUCACGUGGCUCUUUCACUACAGCGCCCUCCUCAGCGCCGUCGGAGAGGCUAACGUGGCCCUGGCUCGCUCUGUGAACAUCACCGGGCUUCACAACAUCCUGGACAUCGCAGCGGAGCACGGCCUGCGUCUGUUUGUCCCCAGCACCAUCGGGGCCUUUGGUCCCACCUCCCCCCGGAACCCGACGCCAGACCUCUGUGUGCAGAGGCCGCGCACCAUCUACGGCGUCUCCAAGGUUCACGCUGAGCUGAUGGGAGAGUAUUACCACCACCGCUACGGCCUGGAUUUCCGUUGCCUGCGCUACCCAGGAAUCAUCUCUGCUGACUCCGUCCCCGGAGGCGGCACAACAGACUACGCCGUCCAGAUUUUCCACGAUGCGAUCAAGAACGGCAAGUUUGAGUGCAACCUGAGGAACGACACGAGGCUGCCCAUGAUGUACAUCGACGACUGCCUCCGCGCCACGCUGGGGGUGAUGGAGGCGCCGGCUGACACGCUGAGCAUGAGGACGUACAACAUCAACGCCAUGAGCUUCACCCCCGAGGAGCUGGCCCAGGAGCUGCAGAAGCAGAUGCCUGAGCUGGAGGUCACGUAUAACGUGGACAACGUCAGACAGGCAAUCGCUGACAGUUGGCCAAUGAACUUCGACGACUGCAACGCGCGGAAAGACUGGGGCUGGAAACACGACUACGACCUCCCGGAGCUCGUCACGACGAUGCUCAACUACUUUGGCGUCGAAACGCUCAUGGCCCGUGCUAACUGAGUCCUUCUUCGAGGGUUCAUCGAACAGAGAGUAUAGACUGACCAAAGCGAAUUAGAGGAAUGUGGCUUGUACAUAGUCGUUCUCUCACUCCUCUCUGUAAAAUCAGAAGGGCUCUGCUUGCCUGUCGCAAGGCUAUCGUGUCUCAAGAAUGUAGAAGUCGACGCAGACUAGACAAUCCUCCCUGCUCCUGUCUGUCUACCCCUGCUCCGCUCUCUUUCCCCUUCUUUCUGCUCGGACAUCUGGUUGCCUUGUCAGUGGAAGCUUGUCAGCAGCAUCCGAUAUCAACGUCCCCUGUGAAAGCUUGUAUGGAUAAAUGAUGACUUUGCAUGCUAAUGAAUUGUGCAAAAAAAUGUGGGCAGAAAAAGAAUCGAGUCAAACAGGGAAUGUUGAAUUGUGUAUUUGUUUUCUUCAGAAAUGCAAAACAGUUUGGGUUUUCUACCUGCUAAAUUUCCAUGGACUGCGAAAAAAAAAUCUAAAUUUGAGCGUCUAAAAGCUCCUAAUCAGGUAACUUUGGAUUGAGGGGUCUUCAAAUACACAAGUUGUUUUCUUUGCACUUUAGAUGAAUCUCUAUCCUUGAAAUUACUGACAAGUAAAAUGAGCCUGUGGGGGCAGUGUCUGUGCAUCUGUGAGCAGCGCGGAGCGGUAAUUAAGAAUUGUUCUUCUGUUUAUUCCAGGUAAUAUUAUUUAUUCUGUCUGUUGCUGUUUUAUUGUGUGGGAGCCUCAUUGAAUGUUUCUCAAAAUACAUUUUUUUUUCUAAAUGUUUCUGUCUAUUUUUGUUAUAUUAUAUAUCCCCCCUCCCCCCCAUAAACUCUGGGAUUUAUUUUGACACAAAAGGGAAAUAUGACACUGUACACCACAUUUACAUUCAGCCACAUUUUGUGGUUUCUGUUCUUCAACUUUCUGUAAAAUAAAUUUCGGUUUCUAUGAAA